AGGCGGCUGUCAGUUGGUGUCCGCCUCCGUAAAGCUUCCCGCGCGCACACCGGUGGAAAAUCAGCGGCACGGAGCAAAAUCAGCCACACUUUCCUAAAGAUCCACAUUAUUGGACCAACUGCUCCAGUUCACUUUAUUUUCUGUUACACAACCUGCCCUGUUUCCAAAAUGCCUCGCAUUGAGAAUGACAUCAAGCUGGACUUCAAGGAUGUGCUCCUCCGUCCCAAGCGGAGCACACUCAAGUCAAGGAGCGACGUAGACCUGCUGAGGAGCUUCAUUUUCAGGAACUCCAAGGGCAGCUACAGAGGGAUCCCCAUCAUCGCUGCAAACAUGGACACUGUUGGGACCUUUGAGAUGGCCGUGGCUUUGCAUCCGUUCUCUCUCUUCACUGCAAUUCACAAACAUUACACCGUGGAUGACUGGUUGGAGUUUGCAAAAAAGAAUCCCGAAUGCCUGAAGAGUGUAGCUGUCAGCACAGGGACUGGGGAAGGGGACUUUGACAAGAUUUCAGCCGUCGUGGCGGCGGUGCCAGAGCUGCAGUAUAUCUGCGUAGACGUGGCCAAUGGCUACUCUGAACACUUUGUUCACUUCGUCAAAGAUGUCAGGGAAAAGUUCCCCUCUCACACUAUAAUGGCAGGAAACGUGGUGACAGGAGAGAUGGUGGAGGAGCUGAUCCUGGCUGGCGCUGACAUCAUCAAAGUAGGCAUCGGACCAGGCUCCGUGUGUACCACCCGCAAGAAGACAGGGGUGGGGUACCCGCAGCUCAGCGCUGUGAUCGAGUGUGCAGAUGCAGCCCAUGGCUUGGGCGGCCACAUCAUCUCUGAUGGGGGAUGUACUUGCCCAGGAGAUGUCUCAAAGGCUUUCGGUGCUGGAGCGGACUUUGUGAUGCUGGGUGGUAUGCUCGCUGGCCACAUGGAAAGUGGGGGAGAGGUCAUUGAGAAAAACGGCAAGAAAUACAAACUGUUCUACGGAAUGAGCUCCGACACGGCGAUGAAGAAACACGCAGGAGGCGUGGCUGAGUACAGAGAUUCAGAGGGCAAUACAGUCGAAUUACCUUACAAAGGUCCAGUGGAGGAGACAAUACGUGACGUCCUGGGCGGGGUCCGGUCCACAUGCACCUACGUUGGGGCAGGCAAACUGAAGGAGCUGAGCCGCAGGACGACCUUCAUCAGGGUCACCCAACAGCUCAACACCGUCUUUGGCAACGACAGCUGAACACGCAGCUUGAUCCUGCUUCAGGUCGAAGGAUAAGUCUGCAACACUGCCCGACUCCCACAUGUAGACACAAGCGAACAGGCAUCCAUAUUAAUACCUAAAUACUGUCCUUUUUCUACCCUUAUUGGUUGUGUUAUCUGCAUAAGCUAAGGUUCAAUGCAAUUUUGAGUAUAUUGGGUUUUCUGAAUGUUAAUUUUUUUUCAUACAGUGCAGUGUUUCAGGGCUCAGAGUCUCUAGACAGUAAGAUAAACAUCUGCUGUCUCCUCGUUCCAAUGCAAGCUCCUUAAUUGUUCUUUUUAUGCAAAUCUGUUGUAGGUUUAAACAGAAUCUACAACAUGUGUCUGUGCUCUGUGUCGAGAUCUUACUGUCAGCCUCUGUCACACACACACACACACACACACAUACAAACAUAGCAAAUGUCUUAAAUUAUGUAGAAAGUACUAAAUAUGAUGCAGCUGCUGAGGCUAAUCGGAACUGUCUUUAGAAAUGUAAUCAUUCCAACACUCUUUAAGUUUUGCACUUAAAUGAUCUGUAAUUUAAGAUUUAAAUUAAAUGUUGGUAUUUUUUAGCACAAACAAAAAUAAUUGAAGUAUUAAGAGAGCGCGCUGCAGCCGCACAGCAAAACAGUCUGCAGUGUAGUCCCUAUGGGCAGUCGUGCACUGUUAAUUCACAUCCAUUGAAAGUGCUUGUUUUUGCCACUAACAGGCUCAGAUUGUUGAUAAUAGUGUCUGACAGCUUAUGGAAGGGAUCCCUACAUAGAUAUGAAAUCAGACUGCUUGUUAUUGUGACCAUAUAUUGCACAAGGAGAAAAAUGGCUUUGAAAUCUUAGAGGUUUUGUGUUUCAAGAAGAACAACGGAAGAAGCACAAGUGACAGUUGGAGAAAGGAGUUCCUGGAAGAAUUUUCGGCAUCACGGCUGAAUAUUUAGCUAAUUUUUUUCGCUAACUGCGGAAAAAAUCUGAGACUUGACGUUGAGAGAGACUUCUAGCUGCCCACCAAUGUUGUUAGACAUUGAUAUUUGGUUGAAUUUAGGUUGUGACGCUGGGUGUAUGGACAGUAUCUAAUGCCAAUAUUAAUUUGACGUAGAACGCUGACGACAAGUAAUCAAAUUAACCAAAACUCAGUGUCUUCCAAACGUGUCUUGCCAACAUCGUCUUGAUGUAGGAUAACAUCCACAUUUAGUUGUUAGGUAUGGAGAACAACCCAUCAUCUGCACAACAUUGUCACGUUAAUGUCCACACAACAUGAAAUUCUAACGUCAGUAGACAUUUAAAAUGUUUCAUUCAUACACGGAGGUUAGACACAAUAAUAAACAGACUGGAUCAGCAAAAAGUAGAGUUUCGGACGCUCAUAAUAACAAUCUGAGCCUGUUCGUGGCAAACAAGCACUUCCAAUGGACGUAAAUUAACAGUGCAAACAUGUCUUUAGUGGUUACAGUGCAGCAGCAGUUGUCUCUCAAGACUGGACCAAUUUAAAAUUUGUUGUCUCCAUGAGUCACUUAGACAUGAAAACAUGGAAAAAUAGGGCCCAGGUUCAAAAACACCAAAGUUUACCUUUAAGAGUCUAAUAUUUAGUUUCCGUUAUUGUUCUACAGAUAUGUUUUGAAACUUGUGUCAUACUUUUUAAGUCGUAGAUGAAUUUUGGGAGAAGAUUUUAUACAUGGACCAGUAUAUGUUGACUGCUAGUACACCACUAGAGCACAUGCAGUACAUAGCCUUAAGUGCUGAAUUCAUAGCAGAGGUGUUCAAGAUAGAAGUAUUUGCAGCUUUUCUCCUCUCUUGUUCUAGCUGCUCUUGAUCAGUACCAAAGUUUGUGUGGGCUUCUGUUAGUGGUGUGCACGUUUAUAUUAUGAUUUAUUACAACCCUUAAAUUACGGGGUCAUUCCUUGGAGGUUUCACACCGUAUUCUGGGGUAUGGUUUCACUUCACACAUUGUCUGUAGACACUCCAUUCCAAGCUGUUUUUACAUGAUCUGUGCUGGUUUGUUUUCUCAUCACAUCUCGUCACAUCGGUGUGAAACUGCAGUUUUUAAAUUCACUCGUUUUAACCGGUCAAUAAAAACAUUCCACAUCUUAAAA